CUUAAAUUAUAAAUUUCAAUCUUAUUUGAUUUCAUAAUUUGCAUACAAAAAUUUAACUAUUUUUAUUAUUUUGUAUAAAAGUAUAUUAUUAAUUUUUUACAUGCCGUGCAUAGCACAUGUUACCACUAGUUCACAUAUAUAGAUAAUUGUAAACAUAAUCUAUGCAUAGCACGAGUGAUAUGCUAGUUGAUCAGUAAUAGGAAAGGAAACUCUCUGAAUUUGUGGCAAAUUUUUAUCAAGGUAUUUUGUAGAUUUAGAGAGCACUAGUCAUGAAUCAAGUGAAAGCUAAUUUGAUAUACUUUUAUUAAGGUAUUUUAUGUUGUCUAUUUUUAAUGUGUUCACUAUUUUGCAAUUUUGAAUUUUUACAUCAGAUCUGCUGCUUUUGUUUAUGUUUUGCAUUGCCUUGCAAAGUAAUUAUGAAAUAUGAUUUAUGGUCUCCGCUUUGAUUAGGUGUAGCAAAUUCAUUAUUUGUUAAGUCUGGGCAUGAGAAGCACUCAUUAUGCUAGUACAGAGACUUUACAAAACUUUUGGUUAUUUUCCCUAACAGUCAAUUUUAGGUAGCAACAACACUUGUUAACAUAAAAAGUAUCCCCAAAAAAGAAUGUAUGAACCUAAUUUUAGGUAGCAACAACACUUGUUAACAGAAAAAUAUUACCGAUGUUGUUCCAAUUGACAUAGGGGUGUCUUUGAUGUACCAGAGGUAGGUGAUGGAGAAUCAUUAGACGAACCAAAAGAAAACGAUGUGUUCCAACAAGAAAAUAUUACCGAUGUUGUUCCAAUUGACAUCGGCCCUAAUGUUCAAUGUUAUAGAGAUGGUGUUGAAGUAGAAGUUGUUACAAGGGUUAGGUCAUCUUAUGAAACAAUGAUAGAGAAUAGAGUUGACAAACAAAAUGAAGAGUGUGACGAACCUGAUGUGGAUUACGAUAUGGAUCUUGAUGUAGACUAGGAUUUGUAGUUAUUUUGCACUUUCUAUAUGAACAUUGUUCUUAAUUAAUGUAGUUGAAUUUCAGUUGUGGGGUUCAUCCACUGUUAUGUAGGUUUAUCGUUGAUUGGUCAUAUUAUGUGUCUGAUGGCUUUAUAAUUAAUUUGUUCUAUGAUAAGUAAAUGGUAAAAACAAAAAUCAUCCAUCUCACUCUAGCCAUAUUUCAAUGAUUUAGAGCCUAUAUGACAUAUCCACCUGUUGAGAUUGUUGUUGCUUUAUGCUUUAUGUAUAGAAAUACAUAAUUAUCUUUUCUUUACAUCUAAUGUUCAAUUAUGCAUAUCCACCAAAAAAAUGUUCAAUUAUGCUUUAUAGUUGGGCAAAAUGGACGCUACAAAAAAAACAGUUGACCAAAUCAAGUACCACAACUAAGAAGGUAACGAACUAUUAGAAACAAAGAAUGAAGAAUAUUUAAUAAAAACCGUGAGAGAAUGAAUGCUCUAGGAGUGAAGAAUAUAACAACUUGUUUGAAGGCUGCGGUUCAACAUAAGAAAUUGAGGAAGGAAAAACAAAUACCAAUUGAGGAAAAUGACGAUGAUUAUCGACCGUCAGAGGCUGAAGAUUGCAGUGACACUGAAUCCUAUGAUUCGUUUGAGCAUGAGAUGUUAGAGAUACCAUCGAGAGCCCGUUCACAAUCUCAUCAUGAGGCAUUGGCCCACGCAUUAGAAGAGGGGGAUACCUCUUCUCGUCCUAAGGUGGCUAGCCAUCCGCCACCACCUCUCAAUGUAGAGCCUCAACUAGCUGCUAAGCGUGUUCGUGGCCCGAAUCGAGGCAAAGAGGCUCAAGGCCUUGUUGAUAAAGGUGGAAAGCUUAGCGUGCCUAUCCCUCCAGAAUUUCGUGCACCGGAUCAAUUUGAUUUACAAGGAGACCCUGUUGAUAUAGAGAAGGCAAUGAACACAAAUUUUGGUCGGAGAUUGAGUAAUCAUACCUAUAGGCUGCACAAACAAUUCAUGGAGCUGAAGGAGGCCAAAUGA